AUGGAAGUGGCCUGGAGAGGAACUCUCGGGAGCUGGUCCAAGCAAGAUGUACCGCGAGAGUGUCUCUCAUGGAAGUGGCCUGGAGAGGAACUCUCGGGAGCUGGUCCAAGCAAGAUGUGCCGCGAGAGUGUCUCUCAUGGAAGUGGCGAUGGAAGUGACGAAUGGAGCAGGUCACGGACCGUAUUUAUACCCGCCAGACAGCUCAUAUCCCGAGUUAUCGCUCCUCGGUCUGCGUUCCGCGACCGAUGCCUUCCCCGCUUCCCCGCGCCCGGAGCAUAUCCCGCGUCGCGGCGUCGCGGCCCCCGCGCGUCGCCUGCGGCUAUCUUACGCAUCUCCACCGCCCGCGCUGAUGACCCCGCCGUGCGUCACCUCCGCACCCAAGGCUGCGUCACGCUCCUUCGCCAUGCUCGGCGCUUGCCUCCAGCACUCGCUCUCCGCGCCGCUGGCCCUGCUUCCGUCACCCGCGCCGCGGUUGCGUCACAGCAUCAUGGGAGCAGCGCGCGCUGCCUCCUCUCCUCCCCUUGCGACCAUGCGUCUGCCGUCCGCACUGCCCGCGUUACGCAACGUCACAAGUCGCGGCACGUGAUCCAUCCAUCUCGCUCCUACGCAUUGAGGCAAGCGGUCGUCCCCUCUCACUCUGGCGGGUAUAAAUACUGUGCCGUGACCUGCUCCGUCGUCACUGCCUUGAGAGACUCUCACGAGGCACCACGCUUGACCAGCAAACCAAUAGGUAAGUCCCUUCUCUAUCUAUUCCUCAGAGAGUCCCUCUCUAGGCAAUACCGCCCCGGCUACCUACAGCGUUCCGCUACAGGUGUCGACCCUAGGAGUUCCUCCUUAAGGACGUCUCCCUUCCACCCUUGGCGUCACCUCCUUAAGGCUGGCACUUAUUCCUCCCACCGAACCAACCCCAAAGGAGUUUCUCCUAGGGCUUUAUUUCCCACCAACUCUAGCUCCAAGAGGUACCCUCUGGAAAGCCCUGGCGAGUUCCUCUCAGGGGUCCCACCGCGCCUCGAGCGCAAAAAUUCCCUCAACGCCUCCGGCGUAAACAU